CCAGUACCCUUGUCUUAUGACCACUUCCUCUCCCACAUUGGCCCCACCUCUCCUCUCAAGAUGUGCUGCUGCUGCUGCUGACAUGGUCGCAUCAAGGCUGCCUCGGUGGAAACUUUCUAUCACUGUACUGUUUGGGCGAAGAGACCACCCGACCAAAGCCUCAGCGAAGGACUAAUGGCAGUUUUCUUUUCGCUCAAUAAAACAAGGCAAAGUGGAAAACUGAGGCGGGGAUGUCAAGCCCAUUGGCGGUCUACUGGGCUGCCCUGCCCGGUGUAAAGAAUCGCUUUGAGCCGACGCUACAAGGACUUUAUCGUUUUGGACGUGGCGUGCUUUACUACCAGAAAUAAUUUGGACAAGGGGAAAAUGAAGGGAUUCGAUCCUUUUAUCAUGAAAACACUUCUUUACUAGUAGAGGACGAUUCUCAGUUCGGGACUCUUUGCCUUCUCCACUCCCAUCAUGUCCGACCAAAACCACUACUGGACGCUCUUGCCGAGCUACAAAACCAGUUUUGUAACUGGGAACAUGAUGAAAAGAACAAAGGGGGCUCGCAACAAUAAGAGGCGGAGUCUGGCCAUCGGCACCCCGUCGCCCACGCUAUCACGGCCGCUGUCCCCCCUCCCUCUGGCCACAGCUGGUAGCAGUCCGGCAGAGAGCCCCAGAAAUGUGUCCACCAGCUCAUCUGCCAACUUCCAGUUUGCCCGCAGUCAACUGGCCCGCAACGAAAGAGCGGAUGGAAGGCGGUGGUCUGUGGCUUCUGUUCCGUCCUCUGGUUACUGCACCAACCCGCCCAGCUCCUCGGUGUCUUCCUCCUCUUCCCAGGAGUUGCUCCACCAGCUGCCGCACCAGCCCACACAGGACGACCUCCACUUCCUGUUCAAACACUUCCGGAGCACAGAGAGCGUGGCGGACGAGGAGGCGGGCCACGCCCCGCCCGUCGUACGCCUCCGCUCCCGCAGUCUCAGCCCCGGUCGGACCUGUGGGACGUUUGACAACGAGAUUGUUAUGAUGAACCAUGUUUACAAAGAACGCUUCCCCAAGGCCACGGCCCAGAUGGAGUGUCGUCUGCUGGAUGUCAUCGCAGAGUCGUGCACCGGCAGCGCCCUGCCCCUGGCGGACGGCGUGCUGGGCUUCAUCCAGCAUCAGCUGGUGGAGCUGGCCCGCGACUGCCUGGACACGUCCCAGAACGGCCUGGUCACCUCCCGCUACUUUGUGGAGCUGCAGGAGAAGCUGGAGAAACUGCUGCAUGAGGCGUACGAGCGGUCAGAGAGCGAAGAGGUGACCGUCAUCAUCAAACUAGUGAAGAAGAUCCUCAUCAUCAUCUCCAGGCCAGCGCGCCUUCUGGAGUGUCUGGAGUUUGACCCGGAGGAGUUCUACCACCGCCUGGAGGCCGCCGAGGGCCACGCCAAGGGGGGCCAGGGCGUGAAGACGGACAUCCCCAAGUACAUCAUCAGCCAGCUGGGCCUCACCCGAGACCCCCUGGAAGAUGUGGCCCACCUGGAGCAGACCAGCCCUGGGCACGCGGCCUCCGGCCUGGACGACUCUGGAGAGAGCCGGGUGGCGUGCACCCCUCCCCGGAGGAAGCCCAUGGAGAGCGACUUUGAGACCAUCAAGCUCAUUAGCAACGGCGCCUACGGGGCUGUCUUCCUGGUGCGCCACAAAGAGACUCGUCAGCGCUGUGCCAUGAAGAAGAUCAACCGUCAGAACCUGAUGCUGAGGAACCAGAUCCAGCAGGUGUUCGUGGAGCGCGACAUCCUGACCUUCGCCGAGAACCCCUUUGUGGUGUCCAUGUUCUGCUCCUUCGACACCAGGAGGCACCUCUGCAUGGUCAUGGAGUACGUGGAAGGUGGGGACUGUGCCAACCUGCUGAAGAACAUCGGGCCCCUGCCUGUAGACAUGACCCGGAUGUACUUUGCAGAGACGGUCCUGGCUUUAGAGUACCUUCACAACUACGGCAUCGUGCACCGAGACCUCAAGCCAGACAAUUUGUUAAUCACCUCCAUGGGCCACAUUAAGCUAACAGACUUUGGCCUGUCAAAGAUCGGCCUCAUGAACAUGACCACCAACCUGUACGAGGGCCACAUCGAGAAGGACACCAGGGAGUUUGUCGACAAGCAGGUGUGUGGCACCCCGGAGUACAUCGCCCCCGAGGUGAUCCUGAGGCAGGGCUACGGGAAGCCCGUGGACUGGUGGGCCAUGGGCAUCAUCCUGUACGAGUUCCUGGUGGGCUGCGUGCCCUUCUUCGGGGACACCCCCGAGCAGCUCUUCGGACAGGUCGUCAACGAUGACAUCAUCUGGCCGGGAGGAGAGGACGCGCUGACGACGGACUCCCAGGACCUGAUCACCAGGCUGCUGAGGCAGAGCCCCCUGGAUCGCCUGGGCACAGGGGGAACCACGGAGGUGAAGGGGCACUCGUUCUUCCACGGCCUGGACUGGACCGGCCUGCUGCGGCAGAAGGCGGAGUUCAUCCCCCAGCUGGAGACGGAGGACGACACCAGCUACUUUGACACGCGCUCGGAGCGGUAUUGCCACUUGGGCUCGGACGACGAUGAUGAUGAAACCAAUGAUGAAGAGUCUUUCCAGGAGCUGCGUCAAUUCUCCUCCGUGGCUCAUCGCUUCAGCAAGGUGUACAGCAGCACCGAGCUCCUGUCCGCCUCCACGCCGUCCAACCAGAGCCUGUCGUCGUCGGAGCGCAGCCACAGCGAGGAGAAGGAGGACCGCUGGGACGGCCGGGGGGUCCUCUCCCCAGGGGACGGGGCCCGCUCCCUGGCCCCGGGGGCCGAGCGACGGGCCGACGGGCCCAGGGGAAGCUUGCGGCCCCGCACCUCUUCGGGCUCGUCCCAGUCGGAGCGCAGUGCCAGCCCCCUGGUGAUGAACAGCACCCAGAGCCUGGACACCAUGACCCGCUUCUCCAUCUCGGCGGAGGAGGAGGACGGGAUGGUGUCCAACCUUCGUCGCAUCCGUCUCCGUAGCAACAGCACGGGCACGCGGCCUUCGUACCGGCGCGGCGCCUCCCGCCGCAUCGCCCACCAGCUGGAGACCCCCGAGAAGGCCCGGCCCCCCGCGGGCUGCAAGGUCCCCAAGUCGGCGUCGGUGUCCGGCCUGUCCCUCAUCAUCACUCCAGACGACUCGGUGGCUCCCCCCUCCAGCCCCAAGUCCACCCUGUCCCUCUCCUCCAACCCCUCCUCCCGGGACUCCUCCCCCAGCCGGGACUUGUCCCUCAGCGUCACCUGCCUCCGCCCCCCCGUGGUCAUCCACAGCUCGGGGAAGAGGUUCGGCUUCGCUCUGAGAGCCAUCCGCGUCUACAUGGGCGACAGCGACGUCUACACCGUGCAUCACAUGGUCUGGUGCGUGGAAGAGGGCACCGCGGCCCACGAGGCAGGGCUGAGGGCGGGCGACCUCAUCACCCAUGUGAACGGGGAGUCUGUGCAGGGCCUGGUCCACACGGAGGUGGUGGAGCUGCUGCUCAAGAGUGGCAAUAGGGUGACCCUGCAGACCACUGCCCUGGAGAACACCUCCAUCAAGGUGGGCCCGGCCAGGAAGACCAGCUACAAGGGCAAGAUGGCCCGGCGCAGCAAGAAGGCCAAGAGGAAGGACGGCCAGGACAGAAGGCGGAGCAUGUUGAAGAAGCUCUCCAAAAGCUCUCCACCGCCGCCCAUCCAGAGCAGCCGCAGCUUCUCCUCGGGGUUCCACCAGUCCUCCAGCGACAGCCUCUCGGGCUCCCCCACUCAGUCCCUCUCCCCUGGGCCGUCCACGCCCUGCCGCUCCCCGGCGCCCGACCACUCUGGAGACUCCAGCUCCUCCCCCUGCUCCAGCUCCCCCAACUCUCCGGUGCCCCAGGCGCGGCCCAGCUCCCUCCACGUGCUUGGGGGCCGCUUCUCCAAGGCGGGCCGCUGCAAGUCCACCACCAGCAUCCCCCCGUCCCCGCUGGCCUGCAUCCCCCCGCCGCAGCCCCUGUCCCCGCAGUGCUCGCCGGCCUCCGUCAGCCUGCCGGCCGGCGGCCACGCCAAGGCCCUGCACGGCUACCACCCCCACCACCACCACCACCACCACCCGGGCAAGACCCUGUCCCCGCCCACCGUGGCGCGGCACGCCGGCCGGCCCCGCAGCGCCGAGCCCCAGCGCUCGCCGCUCCUCAAGCGGGUGCAGUCGGCCGAGAAGCUCAACGUGUACCACGGCGACAAGAAGGCCUUCGCCACCCGCCGGCACACCAUGGAGGCGCCGCUCUCGGAGGGCGAGGGGCAGGAGGACCUGGAGGCGGACGCCGCCGCCAGCGGGUUCGUGUGCGUCGGGGAGCACGGGCGCCAGGGGCUGUACGUCUCGCCCCAGCAGCAUCGCCGCAGCAACAGCCUGAGCAGCGGGUGCGGCGGCGGCGGCGGGGGCGGAGUCAGCCGGCGCUCCAACGACGUGGUGGUGAUGAGGAAGCUGGCGCUGUCGGAGCGCAGGGACUCCUUCAAGAAGCAGGAGGCGGUGCAGGAGGUGAGCUUCGACGACCUGGACGAGAAGGGCAGCCCGGCGCCGGUGGUCUCCGGCAGGCCGCCCAAGGGGGGCUUCAUGGCGUCCUGGAUCCACCCGGCCCAGUGGGAGGAGGAGCUGGGCGUGAGGGGGGGGGGAGGCGCCUCCGCACAGGGUAAACCGCAGCCGCAGCCCAAAGCCAGGUCAAAAGAGAAAGAUGGCUCCUAGUGGCGGGUUGUGACAGGAGCAGACUCAGGAAAGAGACCUCACGCCAUGGCCACAUUGACCUGCUACUGUAUUUUUUUAUUUGAAGGCUUUGCAUGCGUGUCAAGAAAAACUGUGAGCCCGGCCACAACUCGAGUCACCGGACUGGCAGAUGGACGGAAUCGACCAAAAGAAAAACCCUUUCAGACAUUAGUUUGUUUCUUUAAGCGUAAUGCAUUCGACCAUGCUGUUCAUAAAGUAAUGGCUACCCAAACUGUUUACAUCUCAGCUUGCUUUUCUCUCUCACUCUAUUUUUGGUUCUCAGAUCACUGUGGCGCCUGCAACUGAAGCAUUUUGUAAAUACCACAGCUUGAGAUGAGGAAACUUAUUUAUGCUUUUUUUUUUAUUGCUCAUCUAAUUCUGAAUAUGUCUUUUUUGGUUCCUUGCAGUGCAUUGGUGCUCCAGGUUGAAUGCUUUUCUUGGUCGAUGCUGAGAUUGGAUUUCAAAUAAUAUUUUGAGGAGAUAUAACAGCUGCCCGCAUCAUGAUUGGUUGAAGUGCUUGACUGGGAAAUGGCUACCCUUUACCCGCGUCCAAAUCAGGCCUUUUAAAGCUUAUCACAUUGUUUUCAUCUGUACCGAGAUUCAGAGUUUCUGAGAAUAUUGUGAAUUGCCUUUUUACAUUAGAUGCAUUACCCUUUUAACUAUAAAAAUGCAUUAACAUCCUUUCCAAAAAUAUAUUGGCAAACAAUAAAGUAAGUCACCGUACCAUAACAAGAUAAUACCGAUUGGAACCAUUUUAAAAGAGGAACUCUAGCUGUUCAUUAAUUAGCCAUCAUGUAUGCAAUGGCUAUCGGUCCCAGGGAAAAGUGUGUGUGUUUUGUGUUGUGUUGAGACAUUUUGACCCUCUGGUGCCAAAUUGAAUACGUUGGAUCCUGUGUGACUCCCCUUUAAAUCUAGGACUGCUUUACCCUGUAUAAUCUUCAUCCUCAACAUCAACAUGUACGUCAAACCAGGUGUCUCUAGCUCUCUCUCCUCCGAUAUACCCUAGCCUAGCUUAAGUGUUUGCCCAAGUUGUAGUAGCCGUAUAUAACACAUAAUGUAUCUUCUGGUUGGUUCUCUGCGUGAUUCGAAAUGCGUUCUUUGUACAGUGUAGAACUAACAACCAAACAUUCGUGGGUGUUGUUUUUUCUGUCUAUGAAUGAAUGUUUACAUUUUAAUGUGUGCGUACAUGGGUGACUGUCAGAAUUCAUGUAAAUUAUAAGGAAAAAUGAACGAGGCUCUGGCGACCGGAUGGACGAAUGCAUAGAGGUAGCCUGUUUUGUAUAUUUUGAUAUGGAAACAUGUUCUUGCUGAAGUAGUCGUGAUAAUUAUGCCUUUGAUGUUGACAAAUAUCUAUAAAUAAUGGUGGACCUUUUACGGAAGCUGUCGGUGGUGUUUUAAAAGUGACCUUUUUGUGCGAGCAGACCCGACUUUAAAAAACAAAACCAACCUGUAUGGAUGGACCUGUAGGUGUGGAGAUAGAGGGCGUGAGGCACUCUCGCGCGUCAGAGUCCCAGUCUCUUGCCAGCGUUCUUAUUGCAUUGUGAGUGAUUCAAGUGGCACUGGUGACCUGAUGGUUUGAGAUGAGUCGUUGAAUCGUCUGGGGGUGUAGGUAAACCGUAUGGAAGAACAGAAAGUGCACGAAGCGUUAGACGUUUAAAAUAAAACGGUUUGAGAAUACAUUUUUCAGAAUGGGAAUCGUUCUUGAACAUUUACUAACGUCUAGACCACCAACGCUAGUCACAUGGAGAGUGGAAGUUUAGCAAUCUCACUUUUUUGAACUAGUAGCCUACUGGAUGUUAUUACUCAUUCAUUAUUAAUGUUUUGUUUUAGUUGACCUUUUCCCCUGUGCCUGUUGGGAGUGGAAGGUAUAUAUACCAAGUGCACCAGGACAUGUCAUGUUGGCUCUGUUUGUUUAUGUGGAAUGUUUACUUUGUCAUGGAUGAUCAUAACUGUACACUGCUCACGAGGAUUGGUGUUAUUAAAAAAGAAGGAUGCAAGAAUGUUA